UUGUUUGUAUUAGGGUGCCGCUGCGGCUGCUCUCUUUCGUCCCACAAUGGCGGCUGCGACGCUCCGCUCCGUGCUCCGCCGCAAUAGCCUCCUGCCCUUGUUCGACACCCACCGCCUUCGAGAUCUCCUCUUCUUCUCCUCCUCUGUCGACCUUGCGGCCGCCGUAGGCGGCACCAUAUCUCCAGAUCCCCACUUCAUGGUGAAAUACCUCGUGAACUCCUGCGGGUUCUCCCCCUCCGAGGCAGCCAAGUUCUCUAAACCCCUUGCGCACCUCCGAUCCACCGAGAAACCCGACGCCGUCCUUAACUUCAUGAGAUCUCAGGGCCUCGGUGGCGCCGUUAUCAGGAAGGUGAUAUCUUGGGAACCCAAUUACCUGUGCUACAACGUGGAGACGAACAUCGCCCCGAAGUUUCAGUUCUUACGCGAUUUGGGCCUAUCGGAGUCGGAUAUCGUCGAUGCCAUCCUGAAGAACCAUGGCAUCCUCCUCUUCAACGUUCAGCGUUCAAUCGUCCCGAAAUUGGAGAUGUGGGAAACUCUCUUGGGAUCGAGAGAGCUCGUUCUCAAGCAUCUCAAGAAGACAACGCGGUUUUUCCACUCCAGCGUUGAGAAGACAUUGCAUCCUAACCUAAAGUUCUUGAGGGAUGAGUGCGGCAUUCCUGAAGAAAGGGUCUCUGUCGUCUUGAGAAGUCACCCAAAAUUAAUCUCACAGAAACCAGAGUCUCUCCGAGCUUUGGUGGCGAGAGCCGAUGAGCUGGGGAUGCCACGGCAAUCUCGGAUGUUCGUGCGGACACUUGAUGCUCUCCACAACGUAAGCCAAGAAAGGUUCGAGGCCAAGGUCGAGCUCAUGAGGAGCUUCGGGUGGUCGGAGUCGGAGUUUUCUUCUGCAGUCAGGAAAGCACCCACCUUCUUAUGCAUCUCCCUCGAUAUGUUGCGCAGAAAAGUGGAAUUUUUUAUGAAUGUAGUCGGGUACACCCCUUCCUUCAUCGCCUCCCAUCCAAAUCUCUUGCUAUUGAGUCUGCAGAAGACGGUAAUUCCUCGGUUUCGUGUUUUGGAGAUGUUGAAUACGAAAGGCUUGUGGACUCGACGAGGCAAGUUUUCGUACUAUGUGACAUUAUCAAAUACAAAAUUCAUGGAGAAGAUUGUUCUACCCUACAAAGAAAAGGUUCCUGAGCUUCUUGAUAUUUUUGAGAGCAGGAGAUGAGCAGUGAUUCGGCACCUUUUUCCUUGACAACGAGCUGUCUUACAUCAACCACCAGCCUUGGCUACUGAGGUGCAGUCCAGUGAAAGAAAUAUUCCUUUGGUGUCAUAUGGUAGUAAUGUUGUAAUUGGAAGGUCUAUGCAGUGGCCAACACAAAAUGUCUUCCAGUUUUGCUCAUUAAGGUUCAUGGAAAAGUCUGUUCUUUUUUGCAAAGCAGUAAGCCCCUGGCCUGUUUGAAAUCUCUGAUCGAUGAAGGUAGAUUAUUCCCCUAGUUUGAGAUUUUGGAAAUAGAAUGCAAAUGGCUUCUCUAAAAGUCUAUUGAGGUGUGAGAUUCUUCUUAUGCGACAAGCUAGUUUAGCAUUGAUUAUAAACCAACUUUGUUUUGUCUUAUUAAAUGUUUGCUCGAAUCAUUUUCUGAUUGUGUUUGGCACACUAUUGUCGGAUUGUAUGUGAACUGCAGGUUUUAGAAUUUCUGCUUUUCUUGUCAGUUGAUCGUCUAUGCAAACUAGUUCUUGUGCUAAUUGGAAGAUUCCAUUUAUGUUUCUGUUA